GUGGUUAAGAGAGGCUUCAGUUGUUGGAUGCUUUUGCUUUUUUUCCUUCUUCUUCAUCUUCUUCUUCGUCUCUCUUUUUUUUUUUUCAGUUUCGGCGUGCUAAAGAAGACGAUAAGAGUCAAUCAAUCACAGUGACAGGGCAAAUCUGUCUUUUUUUUCUUAAACAUCUCAUGCUUGAUUUCUGCUACGGCGGAGGAGGAGGAAGAGGAGGUUUACUUUACAAUCACCGGGGAAGUUCCGGCGGUGAUUCGCCGUCGACGAUAAUGGGUUUUGUUAAAAGUUAGAUCUUUGAUGAAAGCAGGAGACUUUUUGAUUUGAUUUUGAUUUGGGGUUUAGGUUUAAGUUUUUAGAGAAUCAGAUGAAGGCGUUACGGAGAAGCUAUACUUCAACGUCUUCUGGGAAUUCAUCUUCUUCUUCUUCUUCUUCGUUACCUUCUUCUUCGUCUUCGUCGUUACCAUCUUCUUCUUCUUCCUCACCUCCUCCUUCUAAUUCUAAUUCUUCUUCUUCGAAUUCUUCUUCUUCGAAUUCUUCUUCGUCGUGGAUCCAUCUACGGUCUGUUCUCUUUGUGGCGAAUCCUUCGUCUCCAUCUUCAGUUACUUCUUCCGAUCGCCGGCGGAAAUCACCGUGGUCUCGCCGGAAAAGAAAAUGGGCAUUGACGCCGCAUCAAUGGAGGAGUUUGUUUACACCGGAGGGUAAACUCCGUGAUGGUGGGGUUGGAUUUCUGAAGAAAGUUAGAAGCAGAGGUGUUGAUCCAAGUAUUCGUGCAGAAGUGUGGCUGUUCUUGCUCGGAGUCUAUGAUUUGAACAGUACUAGUGAAGAAAGAGAAGCAGUGAAAACUCAAAAAAGGAAGGAGUAUGAGAAACUACAGAGACGAUGCCAAAUGCUUCUCAAGUGCGGCAAUGGGAAUACUAAUAAUCUUGAGGAACUUCCUUCGGACGAGGCAAACGAUCAAUGUGUUCAGUUUGUGGAUGAUUAUAAGAUUACGGGAUCAAUGACAAAUCAAGAUGUGGUCUCUGCUGUGAACACUGAUUCUUCUGAUUCAGACUCUUGUGAAGACAAUGAAGAUGUUCUACUACUCCCAUCUUUUGUAUACAGCGAUGCGAAAAAACCUGAGGAGGAUAAUAGUAAUAACAAUUCUGAAGAGAGUAGUUCUCCUCCUGAAGCUGAGAUCCAAAUAGAAGUUCCGGUACACGAAGAUUUCUCUACGUGGCAACGUAUUAUCCGGCUUGAUGCUUUACGUGCGGAUUCUGAGUGGGCAACAUAUUCGCCAUAUUCAACUGCAAUCACAGAAAGCAAAGCUCGUGGUUUAGCUGAGUCUGUCGGGUUAAAAGACUAUGAUCACUUAGAAAGCUGCAGGCUUUACCACGCUGCACGGCUAGUUGCCAUUCUUGAAGCUUAUGCUAUGUAUGAUCCCGAGAUAGGCUACUGCCAAGGAAUGAGUGAUCUGUUAUCUCCAAUCCUCGCUGUGAUCUCAGAGGAUCACGAGGCUUUCUGGUGCUUUGUGGGUUUCAUGAAGAAAGCUCGGCAUAAUUUCAGGCUUGACGAAGCAGGGAUUCAAAGGCAGCUAAGUAUUGUUUCAAAGAUCAUAAAAAACAAAGACUCUCAGCUUUAUAAACACUUGGAGAAUCUUCAAGCCGAGGAUUGUAGUUUCGUUUACAGGAUGGUGCUCGUUAUGUUUAGGAGGGAGUUGAGUUUUGAACAGACACUUUGUCUUUGGGAAGUGAUGUGGGCUGAUCAAGCUGCCAUUAGAGCUGGAGUUGGGAAAUCACCAUGGAGCAGAAUCCGGCAACAAGCACCACCAACAGAUGAUCUGUUACUCUAUGCAAUCGCGGCAUUAGUACUACGUAGGAAACUGAUCAUACAGAAAUACAGUAGUAUGGAUGAGAUUGUGGAAGAGUGUAAUAGCAUGGCUGGUCAGCUUAAUGUCUGGAAGCUUUUGGAUGAUGCGCAUCAUCUUGUCGUGACGCUUCACGACAAGAUUGAAAGUCUUUCUCAAUCACACAGUAUUUGAUGAAGAAGUCGAUUCAAGCCAGAAAUGAAGUGUUUCCACUACACAAUGCCCUUGCACUCGUCUGGCUGCGUUUUGUCAAGGUUUAAAGUUUGUCGCGGUUUGGUUCUUACUGAUUUCACUCCUCUCUCUUCUUCUUUCUUUUUGUUUCCCCGUCACACAGAGAAACACAAUACUAUCCUCAUCACUUUUAUUGUAGUACUAAUGAAAAAGACAAAACAAUAUUCCUGUUGAAAUAUGACGGAUGAGUCUGAAACUGUCAUUUCCACAACUGUAUGAAUCAUAUUUGUUCAAUUGUAGAAAUCCAGUUUCCUACUU